CUGUGGUGUAGCCUAUGCUGAAGACAUAGUGCUGCAUCAGUAGUUUAUUUCACAUUGUUAUAUUCAUAACGCUAAUCUAAUGAAUAUUGAGAUUCUAGUUCAACCAUGGCAGGAAAACCAGUCUACAUGAGAGGUAUUUCGUCAUUGAAUUCAUAUGUUGCUGCCAUGAAAAAUAUCCCGUACAAAUCUAUGAAGACAUUCGCAAGACAACUAGGAUUGGAAGAAAAUGAAAUAAAUGAGAUUGAACGAAAGUGUAUUAAUCAGGAUAUGACUGGGUUGCAGUUUGAGACAUAUACAACCUGGAAAACAAAAUAUGGAAGAAAAGCAAAAGCUGAAGUCUUUGCUAAAGCACUGCAUGACAUCGGGUAUACAGCAGAUGCUGAGGACCUCUUGGAAAUGGAAGCGAAUUCUUCAAACAAUGGAACUACACCUAAGACAAGCAAUGGAACUACACCUAAGACAAGUGAACAGUUAAAGGAAAUGCAAUGUAACUACCAUUUCAACAAAUCAUGCCCUGGAACGUGGAUAGUUACAGUGGGGAUAGUCGCAAUAAUAGCAAUGAUCAUUGUAUUCAAUGGCUCUCUAUAUUACUCCAUCAUCUUUGCUUUUAUUGGUUUUGCCAGCAUAGUUGUUAUGUUCGUUCACAAACCUGUGGCUUUGACAAAUUCCAGAUUACAAACAGGUUUGCUUGCAGAACUUCCAGAAGCAUCCUCAUUCUUCACUGGCAGAGAGCACAAAGAGUAUUUAAGCGGAAUAUACAAUCACUAUCGUCAAUUAAGAGCUAAGCAUAGAAUUACGACUCCAACAUCAGCUCUUGUUGAGAUAUUGUAUGGAUUGGGAGGAUGCGGUAAAACAGAGAUCAUGACGCAGUAUAUCAAGACACAUUUACACGAGUAUAGAGGAGGUGUCUUUGUUAUAAAUGGACAAUCUAGAAGUUUUCUUGACUUUGGAUUCCGGAAAAUGUUGAAGGCUGUAAAUGUGGGCCGUCCAAUCGGAGAUCUAACGUCGACAUUUGUGCAGCAGCUUGCACUAGACUGGUUGCGUAGGAAUGAAGGUUGGCUACUUGUUAUUGAUGACGCAGAUGAUCCAAAACUUAUCAAACAGGCAAUUCCUAGCCUGCCCCGUCUAGGACCUCAUGGGCACAUUAUCAUCACUUCAAGAAUGAGCAAUGGAUGGGAUGGUUGGUACCCAUUCAUACCGUCUCCUAUUCAGCAUUUAAAUGCAACGGAUUCUGCUAUAUUGCUGUUACGCCUGACUAACUCAAGCCCUGAAAAUAACUUAACCAUAACAAAAGCUGAAUCAAUGUUACAUAGUAUGCAAGUAGAAGAUCCCCAUGAAUUCAGAUCACUUAUGUGGCUAGGGGGAGAAGAAGGUUUGCAAGGACUUCCUCUGGCUCUACAUCAAGCUAGUAAAUAUAUAAAAACCCAAAGGGUAACAUUUCAAAAAUUCGAGGCCCUCUAUACAGAAAGCAAGAAUGCCCCGUUUAUGACUACUUUGUCAGACCCUUUAGAGUCAUUGCUGGUAUGUAAAGAUUUAGAUAGUUAUGUUACCCCAUUGAGAGAUUUCAUUGGGGGAAACACAUUGGAAUUGAAAAACAUGUCAAAACAUAAUCUGCAAAUGUCACCAAUAAAUAUGAAAGAUGAAGAUGCUGACACAUUCUUGAAAAUCAUGAAAGAGAUCGAUCCAGAGUCAUUAGCAUUCAUGAUUAAUCCCAAUCGCAAAAACGUUCUCACCACGUGGAAAAUGAAUUAUGAUGUGCUCUGCAAGGAUCUUGUAGUUAAGGAGUUUCUUUUACUUUGUUCAUGCUUGUCCACAAGAAUCAGAUUGGAGUUUCUGGUGAAAGGAGUGCCAUAUCUAAGAAACAGCAAAUUGCAGGCCAUGGUCAAGUCAUGUAACGAAAUCCAGAGAGAGUCACAUAUACGUACUUUCAUCCAAAAGCUGCAAGACUGCUCUUUCGCAGCCUUUACAGUGGUACCCAACAAAUGUGAUUCAAAGAAUAGCAAGGUGCUAAGUAGUACAGCAUUCACACUCCAUCACCUGGUGCAACAGGCCGUAUUUCUCAAUUUUGUAGACCCUGGUGAUAAAAUAACGGCGCUAAACAAUGCUAUUAAUAUUCUCUCAUAUCUUUUUCCAAAGAAGAGUGAUAUUACCCAUUCCAAUAUCCAGGAAGUAUUUCAUGAAUCUUACAGUGACCAAUAUUCUUCAUUGGCUCUGCAUACUCUUGCACUUGGACGAAUGAUAGCGACAUUGAACAAAGAUAGUAUCAGUAAUCUUCUGAAUACCAACAGCCUAUUCACAUCCGUCGGGUCAUAUUUACGUCGUUUUGGGGAUCUCACUAAUGCCAGAUUCCUGUAUGACUUGAUGGCUCGUCUCAGUAAGAUGCAUGAGCCAGUAAAUAAAAAAGAACUGGAGGAAGAACUGAGGUAUCUUGGAAAGGUUAACUUAGAACUUUGUGAAUUUGAACGUGCAGAGGAAGUGUUAACGGAAUGUUUGGAGAUAUCAAAAGAAGCAUAUGGUAAAGAUGACAUUGUAGUAGCUUAUGCUGCUAUUUACCGUGAACGGGGAAAUUGGAAAGAAUCUUGUACGUACAGAGACAGAAUUAUAUUAGAUGAAUUAAAGGAGCUUUAUAAAAAAACAGAAAAGGAGACAGAUUAUGCAAAAGUUUACCCAUCGGAAACAACACUAACGCUUGUUUCACCAUCGCAUGUGUCUUAA